GUUCCUCACAUCUUCGGUAACCCCCCCGAAAAGACAAGAGGCAAUCCCCAAUAGGUAUCUGCGGCUCUCGUCUGACUCGGGCCCACAACAACCUGUGCUUCCUGUUGAGUCAAACUUACCCCGAGUACUUCCCGGGCAAGAGAUCGGCCUCACCAGAGCUACAGGCGUUGGCGGGCCCAGCCCUGGCCAGGUACCCUGAGGGUGAGAGUGAAGAGUCCGGCGGCGACCCAGAGGCCAGUGCCAAGCUCAAUCGGUUCACGGCCAUGGUGCUAGACUCAAUGGCAGGGAGAAGGCUGAAGAGAGGAGGAACUCAGUCCAACAUGGUAUGCGACUGCUGCUACCAUAUGUGCUCACCUAGACAACUCGCCACUUACUGUUAGACAUCACAAGUCAGCCUGACACAGCCUUGCUUUCUCUCUCUCUCUCUCAUCCAGUAUCUCUCGUUUCGGUUUCUGCUGGGGGUUUUUGUUGUUGUUAUUUUGUUUUGAGUUCGGUCUUCUUCUAGCUUCUUGCUACCUUUUUGCAUUUAUAAUCGAUGCGACUGUUAGGUUUCACCAAUAAAUUACUUGGGUGGUUUA